AAUUUCACUCUAUGCCAAGAUGUGGAGCAAGAUUAUAUUCUACUUGGCCUGGUUUUUUUAUUCAGUUGAGCUUUCCUCAGCUUUCUUCUCCAGACCACAGCAUCAAGCUAUCACCAACAACGGGGCAAGCAAAACUCGAGUGGCCACAACAACUGUCACAGGUCAACAGUCAACUGAGUCUCAGAACAUCCCAACAACAGCAGCCGUUAAUCAACAACAACAACAGCAACAUCUUCCAAACUAUUUCUCAAACCACCAGACAGCAAACGUCAACCAACAUUCAGCUAUCCCAUCCAACCUCCAUGGCGUCCCUCCCGUUCAGCCUCACUCAUAA